GUCUAAAAAAAGACAUUGAGUGGUGAAUUAAGAUUCUUACUUUCCACUUAUUUUACAGAAAAUGAAUUUUCCUGUCUACAAUUGACAAUUGUUUUAAACAGAGCCAUUGGAUACUACAUGCUAGAAAUCUUCAUUCCGGAUAUGCUUAUUGUAAUAACGUCAUGGGUCUCGUUUUGGUUACAUCCUCUCGCAGUUCCAGGACGAAUAUCUUUAGGUGCCAUUACAGUCUUAACUAUGUCAUCUCAAGGCUCUGCAGCUAGACUCAAUGCACCACAGGUAUCAUAUCCGAAAGCAAUAGACGUUUGGACUUUAUUUCAAGCCAUGUUUGUUUUUGCUGCAUUGAUUGAAUUCUCUGUAGUGAAUGUAUUAGCUAGAAGAAAAGUUUCAGAGGAAACAGCUGCCGAAAUGGCGGCGAAACGUAAAGAAAUCCAUGUAUAUGACAAUGUAUUGGCCAGUAAACAGUUGUCAGACGAGGAGGUUGCUAAAAUAGCAAAGAAAAAGUACAGAGAAUCACAAGGUAACGAUAUGGAUCCUAAUUUUGAUGACAUUAGACGACCUUAUCUUCCAUUGGCAAAGAAAAUAGACAUUAUAUCAAGAAUAGCGUUUUCAGCUUGCUACUUAUUUUACAAUUUUCUGUUUUGGGUUAUUGUUGGAAACAUUGAUUAA